AUAUAAAUUAAACCGUGACAUAACCGUUUUACCACAACCAUAAUCGACAAAAUAAAAUCAACCCGCCCACUUAAAUCAUUCAGCAUCCCAACCAUAAAAACAGGACCGAAAUGCACACAACCACUCUCUUUGAAAAGUUUAAAGCGUGUCAUCGUUUUGAGAACGUUCCCCCUUAGUCGAAACGGCACCGGUCCGCGACCCAACGAAAGGCGACACAAACACGAACACCCGGUUUAUUUUAAGUAUGCGCUCUCGCAAAGUCGGAGUGUCGCACGCACAAACCGAACGUACACUCUCUCGCCAUUAAUGCCAUAUGCAUAAACAACUGCACUUGUUUUCGAGCAGUAGUGUUCUUGUGCGCGUCCGUCGGACUGUUUAAUGUGCAUUUUUCUUGUUUGUGCGUACGUGGACCGGGACCGAUAAAUACGGAGGCGAAAGUGGUGAGGUCCAUUGGACAUGCCAGAGAUGAAAAGCGGGGCGGUGGUGGCGGCCGUGGUGGCCGCCCUCGAAAAGCAAAAGGAACAACACCAGUUCCGGUACGGCGGCACCAAAGACCAGCACGUCGGCACCAGGUUCGGCGUCGAGCUCAAAAAUAGGCGUCGGCACGCGAACGCCGACGAAAACUUUCGCACGGCAGUCAAACAUUUCGAUUUUGUGGCCGAAGACGUGCAGAAUCUCCUGUUGAAAGGCAGGAACGGCGAGGGUUUGAUGAGCGAAAGGGGCGAUUCGAGUAGCGAGUACAGUGAGGGUAGUGAGAGUGACAGUGACGUGGAACGGGAACAUGUGAUCGCCGACGGCUUGGACACGAUCGCCGAGGAGGACAGGCGCACCAACAGCAGCGCUUCUUAUGCAGGACUGGAAGAGAAUGAGUCGAGCCUCGAGGAAGACUCGACGCUAAAGGAUCAGAACGGUUGGUCGCACUCCUCGAACAAUGGCUCCACCUCAGACAUAUCCACCACGUCGUCGGAACGACCGAUAAGCCUCAAAGACAGUUCGACGAGAUGCAACAGCGACUUCCAAUGGAUCCGUAGGCAGACGACGUCGCCGAAGGCAAUGGAAGACUCCGAUCUGCCUCUGACGCUGAAACUGGAGGAAAGGGAGACGACGGUGCCGGCGUCCAAGCCACCGAUCAGUCGGUCGUUGCGUGAUCGCACCCCGAAAAGGGAUAAGGUGCCGAAAACGCCGCCCGGAAGCUUGGACAGACGCCGCACCCACCAGCAGUCCAGACAAGAGCGUGACCAGAAGUCGAGGUCUACACACGCCAUGAAAAGUCCACCCAGGUUGGACGAUUACACUUCCGGAUCUUCGGUUUACUCAAAUUCUGUGUGUCAGAAUUACUGUUGUGUGCCGCAAGAAGGUCAUUGUUUCGAGAAUUUCCAUCGGCGUCACGAGCGCCUCGACCCCCAACGCUACGGCAGCUCGCCGAUGCUGCUGGACCAGCAGCACCACAGGAGUUACAGCGACCGCGGCAGCCAUCCGGACAUCUACGGCGACUGCAACCGCUUCCGGCACGAGCCGGUCGGCUGUUGCGGCGGCUACCACAUGAUGCCGCCCUGCUGUUUCUACGGCGAUCGCGGCUACCACUGGAUGCAGCCACCUUAUCCCAAGCCUGGAGAGCAAGAUGAAAAAUUACGCAAAAUCCAGCACGAGAGAGACAACCUGGUGUUGCAAGUACAAGUACUCACCGAACAGGUCGAGGCACAAACCGACAAGAUUUCUGAUCUUGAAAAGAUGCUGCAGGAAAAAAAGUAUCAUUUGAGUGAGGCCGAAGAGAAUUUACAAAGGGAGGUGCUUUCCAGGUCGUCGCUGGAAACACAAAAGCUGGAACUCCUGUCAAAAAUGAGCGAAAUGAAAUUACAGAAGGCGGCAUUAGAACGCGAAAACUUGGAGCUGAGAAACAGCCAAUACGCCAGCCAGGAAAUGAAGAAACCUCCAGUAAUGCCGAGGAUGUCACCGCAACCCCAACUCACAUCUACACCAGUACAAACCAGCAACCAAAACUUGAGGAUGUCACCGUCACCUAGUCCCGUAUCGCUGACCGGUAACAGCCCGAGGAGGGACUCACAGGAUGGCCAACCAUUAAAAACCCAGGCAUACAAGCGCCAGAUCGACGUCCAAUACGGCAGCCUGCCACGCCAGCAAUUCCUCAGCAACGGCAGCACCAACAGCAUGAACAUAGAAACGAACGCAAAUGGCACCGUCAACGGUGUGGCCGCGAGGGGCAGGGGCGUCGCAUUUGGUAGGACACUAUCCUCAUUGGUCGGGGUCAGGAAUAGGGGCUACUCGGUGCCCAAUUUAGCUGAAGCAGAGAAAAUUAUGAUCGAUGACGGCAGCACCGAACCGCCAGGUUCCCCCAACAUCUUCAACCAGAAAAAAGGUUUGAAGAAAAUCUUCGGACGUAUGAAACGCUCCGGUUCCGGAAACCUGGAAGACCUGCCGGGAAUCAAUGAGUUCCAACGCGGCGGCGUAAGAGCUACAGCUGGCGGCAGACUGGGAUGGAGCGAACCGCAAAUCGUACCAAAACCGGAUAAACCGUUUUCGAAGUGGGACACGGAGAACGUAUGCGAUUGGCUGCAAGACUUGGGUUUGGACCAGUACAUCACGGAAGCGAAGCGCUUCGUCAAGUCGGGCCAGCAGUUGCAGGAAACGAGCAUAAACGAAAUCGAGAAGGAGCUGAACAUCAAAAACCCGUUGCACAGGAAGAAGCUGCAACUCGCUCUAAUCGACACUGACAUUAACAGUUCGAGCGAUCCGUAUUUAACCAUGGCGGGGAAAUUAGACACCGCCUGGGUGUUGAGGUGGCUCGAUGACACCGGACUUCCGCAACACAAGGAGAACUUCUUGAUUAACCGCGUGGAUGGAAGAGUGUUGCACAGACUGACCAUAGACGAUUUGGCACUUCUACACGUCACAUCGCUUUUACACGUCGCCAGUAUUAAGCGAGGUAUUCAAGUGCUGCGUGAAAAUAACUACGAACCAGGUUGUCUGCAAAGGAGGUCACUUCCAGACGAUCCCGAGCAACCUACACCCAAAGACAUUUCCCUAUGGACCACCCACAGAGUUAUGGAGUGGUUGAAGGCAGUUGAUUUGGCAGAGUACGCCCCGAAUUUGCGAGGUGCGGGAGUGCACGGCGGAUUGAUGGUGUAUGAGACGAAAUUCACUGCCGAAUUAUUGGCAUCAUUAUUAUCCAUACCACCGGGUAAAACUUUGCUGCGUCGGCAUCUCAACACACAUUUCAAAGAAUUACUGGGCAAAGACGUCAUACAAGAGAAACGAGAGGCUGAAGGUACCAUGGGAUACAUCCCCCUAACACCCUCCUCAAAACUAAAGGUUUCUAAAAAGUCCCAGUUUUCGCUCAAACGCAAGAAGAGCAAAGGAGAGGCCGACUAUGGUGAUUUAGUAUGUCCCCUAAAUCCCGACAAAUCAGGUGAUCUAAACGGCUCAACUCUUAAUAGCUCAAUUGGUAUGACGAGGAUCAUCGCUCAAGAGGACGAGGAUGUCUUUCGUCGAGAUGAGGCGAAAGCCGCCAGGUCGUUGCCGGCGUCCAUUGGAAAUUCACCAGUUCCCCAACGUCAUGUUUAACCAUCGUUUCGCAAGCACGCAUUCCCGUUUCUCCACCCCCCGACAAUUAACUCGUCGUGUCUUCCUACCAUUAAAGUUUUGCCUUAUGAGAAUAUGUUAUCAAUUGCGUUUUCAAUCAGUUGGUCCAUUUGGAUAUGAUUAUUUGACUGAGCUUUUUUUUUAGUUAAUCCGCAUUUUUUUAAUUAAGAUUUGGAACCAACACAUGUAAGUUUAAGGGAUGUGAUAAAUAUUGAUUAUUACAGAAAUCUCAUAUUGCUGUUGCAUUUUUUUACUCUACAACUGGACAAUAAGUCAGUCAGAAUGGUUUUAUACAUGUAAGUCAUAUUGGACUGUAUAAGUAAAUCAGUGCCAAAUUUAUACAAGUGUUGGCAGAUUUGUUGAAGUUGUAUGUGGUAUUUGUAUACACUUAAAUAUAUUAAAUAUUUAUACAGUAUUUACAAUAUAAUUGUUACCAUUUUUAGAUUCUAGUUUAGAGAUGUAUUUUAUAAACUGACCAAAAAUUAAUUUAUCAUUCUUAGUGGGCAAAGAAACGUUUUAUUUCACUCACAAUUAUAUCAUAACAUAUUGUACAUUAUAUACCCUUUGCCCUACAUAGUAUUAUAUCACUAAAAUUAAGUAAGAAUGAUUGGAAUUGUAAAUUAAUAAAUAGUAAAUCAAUAAUAAGAGGUUAAUUAAAUUGGUUGCAGUAUUCAAACAACAUAAUUUUAUGUUAGAUUGCUUAUUUGAUGUGUUUUUGGUGUUUUGGCUAAUUCCGAAAUUUAAUUUUAUUAAAAUCAUUGUAUUAUUUCACUUCUCUUAAUUAGUAACACUAAUUGUAAUUUUUAUUUUAUCCAUGUUAUGUCUUUUGACAUGUUUUAUUUUACUUGAGAAAAUAAAGAACAUGUAUAUGA